CAAAUUCCACAAUUCUCACGAGCUUCAAGACUGCCGCCAACCAGGAAAUUCGCAAAAUAAACGUUCAUUUGCUGUUGCGAAACAGUCAGACAGAGCUGUCAGUUGAAGAAGUCGUAGCUAGACUACUUGUACAAUAAGGAAACGAAGACGUCAGCAAACCAACCAAUUCAGGAGAUUGUGUGCUGCUGCUCGUUACAGGAAACGAAGACGUCAUGCAGCCCUCUAAAGACGUCUGUUGGUUCUUGACAAUAUGGAUGGUCCACCUUGCCCUCAUGGUUCUCACUGUUCAAGGUCAAGACUGCUCCAAAGCCAUACCGUUAGAAGGGUCAAACAUGGUUUUUACAUCAACUCAAGAGACAUUUGGAGAUGGAACAAAAGCUAAUUUUGAGUGUUCAACUGGAUAUAUCCGUGCAGGAGGGUCUCGAUCAGUCAUCUGUACUGCUGGCGUGUGGAGUACAGUGACACUGACAUGCGAAUUAAGGCCGUGUGGCUCACCAGGAGAAGUGAUGAACGGCCGAUAUAAUCUCUCAGGGGUUCUGUUUGGCGACAGGGCUGUUGCUUUCUGUGACACUGGCUAUAUGCUUGUGGGCAGCGGUGUAAGGAACUGUAUGGUCGACGGCUGGGAUGGCAGAGUUCCUGUAUGUGAAGUGGUGAAGUGUGGAAAGCCCCCCACCAUUGUCAACGGUGGACUUGUUAUCCCACCUGAUGAAGAGUACCACUAUAGAAGUGUUGUGGAAUAUAGCUGUGAGAAGGAAUUCACUCUGGUUGGAACUAAAUCCAUAGUCUGUGAAAAGGACGGAGAAUUCCAGCCAGCUCCACCGGAGUGUAAAAUGGUUUCAUGUCCUGCUCCUGUUGUUGAGAAUGGCGUUAGGAUUGAAGGUCGUCUGCCCCCCUACCAGCACAAGUCUUUUGUGACGUAUAAGUGCAACGAUGGAUAUAAGAUGAUGGGAGAGGCCAGUCUGACAUGUGAAAUAGAAGGCUGGUCAGCUUCUAUUCCCACAUGCAAAGCCCUUCCGACGACAACAAAGCCCCCUACUACCACUACUACUACUACUACUACUACUACCACUACUACUACCACAACAGCUACUACCACUGCUUCAAAGAAAACCACAAACGAAGAUCGCGUACCUGGUCCCCCUGAUGCUAAAAACGACACUUGGAUCAUAUUAGGGAGUGUCCUAGGCGUACUUGUCGUUGGUUGUAUUAUAGUAUUUAUAAUCUACAAAUAUAAAGCACGUACCAAGUCUUCUGAUUUGCUUUAGUCUCCUCUUGUAUCCUUGAGAAGGGAGUCACAGUGAACAUGCUGCUGUGAUUUAAAUGCACUACCCUCCUGCUUAUGAAUGCACCAGCCCCUCCCAAACACUGGGUUCAUAUCCUUUCAAAGGAAGUUCGAUUACGUGAUUGUUUAGAAACCUCAUGAUGAAGAAUGAAUUGGUUCACUCUCAUUUGGAAGCUUGUGCUUAAUGAGUGGCCUAACCUGAUUAUUCAGAAACUAUGUUUCCAGUGUACUUCACAAAUAUCUCUUUAUCUAAGCCUGCUUUAUCUCAUUGCCAACAUUGUUAGUUACAAUUCUCCCCUUUAGGGCAAAGCGCUGCAUCACAAAGCCAGUUUUACACCCUUUGAAAUAAAGAAUUUGAAGGAAAUCAUAUUUAUUAAAAUGUCCAACAAGAUUCCCCUGUGUAUUUAUUUGGAUAGUGAAGCUAAAACUUGGCUCUGUACUGAAAAACAGCUUGUAUCCUAAGGCUAUCAGACUCCUGAUCAACCAACAACCAUCUCCUGUAGUUAGAGUAGUAAGUAGUACUCCUGGAGUAAGUAAGGGACAAAGAAAACACACACAAGCUCACACACCUCAUACACGUAGUCGCCAUACUCACAUAUAUACACCUACAUACCAGUGGAGCCUCCUCAGAGGAGGAAGGGGGGGGACCAUCCUUAGUGAAUGUAUUAUUUUUCAAAUAGAGACAUUAAAGAGGUUAUACUCUUUAGAUAAAACUAUACUAAAUAUAUUCACGUCAUGCAAUUAUUUAUAUAUACACACACUGUUUUGCACUGAAGGUCUACAGAAGCCGCAACAACACAAUGGUGUAGCCCGAGAACUACUUUCUGUCCUCUGGGUACAUUGACUUCAAUUAUGAUAUGACGGUUUGCCUGGUUGUGAUUGAUGUCCACACGUGAAGGGAAAAGGUGAGAGGAGGAGCGUGCGUAGAUGCGAGAUGAUGAUGAUGAUAAUCAAAGGGUUCGUGCUGUUUGUAUGUGGCGGCUAUGAAAAUGAACCGUUUGCGUGUGAUCAGGUCUAUUCAUUCCGACAAUUCUGUUUAUAAAAAAUUCUAAGACUGAAGCAAACUGAACAAAGUGGGAAUUAACAUACCUGAAUUUGUUCAAUAUAAACUGUUUUGCAACUGUUGAACUAAUGAUCACAUCCUAGAUCAGCUAGAUGCAGGCAAGAGUGUGCAAAGCGGUAUUGAAUGUGUCAAUGUCUGUCACCUUGAUUACUCAAAUUUCUCUUGACCCGUGCGCCUACUUUGUAAACUUACAUUCAUAGGCUAGGUUGUAGCAACCUCAUGAUGGGUAUAGGGGAAAAUUGAGAAUCAUGUUGUAGCCUAAACCUAUCACUGUUACAUUGAACUAGGUGAAUGGAAUAUGAAUUAGUCAUCCAAUAUGCUGUAAUAGAAAUAAGGACAUGCUCACACAUAAAACAAUAAUUCUUCCCUCAUCUUAAAUGGCACAGACCACCACUGAUAAACACACACACACAGCCAACGCUGCUGUCCCAUGUAUAUAGAGACAUUAAACACUGGACCAUUUCUUUUAUACUGUUUUCACCCUGUGUGUUCAUAUACUGUAUUCUUCACAUUGCUCAUUCUAAUAGAUCUACUGUGCAUUGCAUUGUUGCUACACUGUUUUGCACACCGCCUGUAUUUAUCAACUGAAUUCUUGACAUAGUGCACUGUAAUAAAUCUACUGCUGUACAUAUCA